UCUGAUCUGCGUCUCUUUCCAACCAUCGUAAAUUCUUAUAUAUAGUCCCUGCCUUCAUAUUUCAUAGACACCAUUGAUAUUCUUCAUAUCAUACCAGUUUGCAAUUGAAAUGGCGCGGGCAAUAUUGUGGGUUUUGCUGACAAUAAUGGCGGUAUCACUCUAUUCAGGAGUGGAGGGUGUGAGCUUUGACAUAGAAAACCAGUGCCCUUUCACGGUGUGGGCGGCAGGGACACCGUUUGGGGGAGGGAGAGAGCUACGGAGGGGACAGUCAUGGACAGUGAAUGUGCCGGGCGGAGCAAAGGGAAGGUUUUGGGGUCGUACCGGCUGCUCCUUCGACGGCAGAGGUCGAGGCAGAUGCAACACUGGCGACUGCGGGGGAUUACUCAACUGCCAGGGAUGGGGAGGUGUUCCCUCAACGCUCUUUGAGUAUGCUCUCAAUCAAUUCCAGAACUUGGACUUCUACGACAUCUCUCUCGUCGAUGGAUUCAACCUCCGCAUGACUGCCAUUCUUUCCAACUCCAAGUGCAAGGGAAUCGCCUGCAAUAGCGACUUAAAUUCAAAGUGCCCAAGAGAGUUGAAGGUAGUCGAUGGGUGCAGAAGUGCAUGUGCUGCUUUCAACACGCCAGCAUACUGCUGUACGGGAUCCUUCAUGGAUAAUUGCCCUUCUACAGCCUACUCUAAAUUUUUCAAGCGAGAAUGCCCCAUGGCCUACAGCUAUGCCAAGGAUGAUCCCACCAGCACCUUUACUUGCCCCGGCGGCAGCAAUUAUAGAAUUGUUUUCUGUGGUAAUGGAGCUUCAAACUCUAAUUCUAACUCCACUUCAAGUCGAAGUCUUUAUGCAGUCGAAUAGGGUUUAUAUAUCUGUGCGCGUGUGCUGUGCAUCCCAAAUAAUAAGGGUGGUUUUUAAGAGAAUAAACA